AUGAACGCUCUUGAUAUGUCCAACCGGCGUUACGCAUGUUCCCAAUGCAAUAGGACCUAUAGUCGGAAGUUUGAUAUGCAGAGGCAUGAACAAAAAGCUCACCCUGAUACAGAAGAUGAAGGCAAAAUUGAAUCUUCCGACGCUGAAGAAGGUACAAGUGAGGAUGAUUACUCCGAACCACCCUCUCAAACGGAGGGAGUUGAAGAAUCUAGUGAUUCAGAAAACGAUGGAGAGGAUGAAUCGUCAAUGUCAGAGACAGAUAACAUGGAUGAAAUUGAAGACAACCUUGCUUACCAAGUAUGGUUGGAGCAGGCCAUGACAGCCACCAAGGACCUGAGAGACGAAAAAUAUCAGAAAUAUAUUUCAGAGGGAAUGGAAGAAGAAGACGCUAAAGAAAAAGCGCACGUGAAAUUACUGUGGGCCGUCAAACGCAUCUUUUUCGAUCUUUACUCCAAGUUCUUGCAGCAAAACAUUAGCCUAGGAGAAGCUGACGUCAAUCACGAGAUCGUUUCUGAUCUCAAGGAAAGACUAGAAAAUGGCAUGGAAUUCCAGAAAGCCGUACAAAGAGUCUUAGCCAGGCAUGGUCCACAAUUUGAUGGUUUAUUCCAGUUCCAAGAUGGAGGUGACGAUGACGACGAUGAUGAAGAAACAGAGAGUGAGGAUGGAGUCUACAACUAA